AUGAAGUUCACCCUCCUUGCUCCAGCCCUCCUCGGCGCCACUGUGUUGGCUGCUCCCAAAGGUCAUGGUCUUGCUGCCCGCGCUGCCGGACGUAGCCGUCUCUCCCACCCCAGAAUUCCUGCUUCAUCCGAAGCUAUCGAGGGCGUAGAGUCCCCAAACAAGACUAACGUCGACUACUCGUCCAACUGGUCUGGUGCUGUCCUGACCGCACCUCCUUCUGGCACCACUUUCACCUCAGUUUCCGCCGAGUUCACAGUGCCAACUCCCAAGCCCGUUAACGGCCAGGCUGGCUCGUCGUCCGCAUGGGUUGGUAUCGACGGAGACACCUACUCGAACGCCAUUCUCCAGACCGGUAUCGAUUUCAGUGUCACUGCUAGCGGCGAGGCUUCCUUCGACGCUUGGUACGAGUGGUACCCUGACUAUGCUUAUGACUUCUCUGGCAUCAGCAUCAGCGCUGGUGACAAGAUUUCCGUUUCCGUUGUUUCCAAAUCUAGCAGUGCCGGAACUGCCACUAUUGAGAACCUGACCAACGGCGACAAGGUCACCAAGAGCCUUACUGCGCCAGACUCCUCCUCAACCCUGGGCGGCCAGAAUGCUGAGUGGAUUGUCGAGGACUUCGAGGAGGGCAGCAGCUUGGUUACCCUUGACAACUUCGGCACUGUCACCUUCACUGGCGCUUCUGCUGGCUUGUCUGACGGAAGCUCUGUUGGAACGGGCGGUGCAGACAUCAUUGACUUGAAGCAGAACAACAAAGUACUGACUUCCGUCACCGUGCCAAGCUCUUCCGAGGUUGUUGUCAAGUACGUCUAA